GAAGUGCAACAAAACAUGUCACAAUUGACUUCCACGUCCUUCAAAGCUCCGUUCUCUUCAUUCAUUUGUCCAUUCAAAAGAGUACUAGUAGUCUAGUUGGUAUUACUACACUACUACAGUAGUUACAAGCAAGCUAUCUAGCUACAGAAGUUUUAUUAUUAUUAGAUCAACCAUGCCAGCCGUGGACAAACUGUUCAAUCCGUUUCGCGACGAGAAGAAAGCGCGAGAAGACGCCGCUCGUACCAAGCAGAGCGAUCCCUUUGGUGCGUUCAACUUUUCCAUUCAACCCGCUCCCGAAUUUCCAGUGUCACCAGUAUUAUCACAAUCGUCACAACAACACGAGACCGAGUCGCAAGCCGAACGAGCCAACAAUCCACAAAACCCCGACUUUGAUCCCUUUCAAGUGGUCAGUCCUGAUCAAGUAAAUAAGCAAGUCAAACCCAAGAAACAUGUUGAAGAAAAGACACAACACAUGACGCCACUGGCACCUAAACUGGUAGUCAAGUUGUCCACCAGAGAAGAAGUUACCUCACGAGUCAAAAUGGCAAUCGAUGAAUUUGACGUCACGUCGGAAAUCACAGUGGAAGGAACAGUCUAUGCUCAAGUCCACUGUUCCGAUGCACGCAAGAAUGCUCCUUUUGCUCUCUUGAUUCCUCGGCUCGUCGGAAGUGGCGAUCAUCAAGCAUUUGAUGUACGACCCAACGAAGAAUACGCCGUAUCCAGAAAUUCAGGACGCAAUGUACCCAUUCUUGUCACCAUUCCAAAAUCCACCAUUAUCAGUGUCCCCAUUGCCUACUACUCCAUGCAACGAGAACUCAAAUUCAUGCCCAUUCUCGUCGAACGCAAAAUCACACGCAAUGGAACACGCAUUCGCAUUGCCAUUCAGAUACGAUCGCGACUAGACAAUGAGGGAGAUAUGGAAGACAUGACAAUCCUCGUGGCCGUUCCGGAAAAGAUUAAUGGAGAGACCAUGGUUGUUUCACGGGGUGCUGGAGUCUGGGAUGGAUUGAAGCGAACCAUCAAAUGGAAAUUGCCCGCGCUCUACAAGGGGGACAGUGCCUUGGUCGUGGCCGAAGCUGACUUGUGGAAACGACCCAGUCCCAAUGAAGAUGAAACACCAUUUCCCAUCUUGUUCCGGUGUAGUUCCGUCAGUGAUCCAAUUACACCACUGGAUUGGAGACUUGCACAAGUCUCGGGCAGUCCUUCGCAUAUUACGGUUUCGUCGGUGCAAAACUCAUUUCGGCUAUUGCAUCGCUUGCCUUAGCACGACAAUUCAAUACAAUUCAAUUAUGUAUAUGACUGUGAUGAAGCGAGUCAGAGAUAGAUAAGAAUUGGGGUGGCGUGUCAAAGUCAAAUAUGAUGUUUACAGUAUUAUACUGUGCAUGCAUGUUGAUUAGUAGUCUAUAGGUACCGGUAGGCGUUACGUACUAGCCAUUUGUAUUGUAUGUCUUU